AUGAUCACUGACAUGAAUCUGUCCGUUGUCACCCCACCGGAACUGCUGAAUGGUGACCCCGGUGACCGGCCUGACAGCAAGAUCUCGCCGAGGUGUCAAUCCGAAGCGGAAGGGGUGGCGGAUCCCGAGGAGAUCGACGCUUUUGUUAAGCAGAUCGAGACCGUGAAUCGGUAUCAGCCCGAGUUCCUCCAAGCUUUCCAUGAAGUGUUUGACUCUGUUAAGCCAGUCCUGUGCGCAAAUCCAAAAUAUCUGCGAGCUUUCAAGGUCAUCGUCGAGCCUGAAAGAUGCAUCACUUUUCGGGUGCCAUGGGUCGAUGACCAAGGGAAACAGCACGUAUCACGGGGUUACCGGGUGCAAUACAGCUCGGCCGCCGGGCCGUACAAGGGAGGUCUUCGCUUUCAUCCAUCGGUCACUUUGUCGGUGAUGAAGUUUCUCGGUUUCGAGCAGAUUUUCAAAAACAGUUUGACUGGUUUGUCUAUCGGAGGGGCCAAAGGUGGUUCCGACUUCGACCCGAAAGGCCGCAGUGAGAACGAGGUCAUGCGUUUCUGCCAGGCUUUCAUGACGGAACUAAGUAGGUACAUCGGUCCGAACCGCGACGUGCCUGCCGGAGACAUUGGAGUCGGCGCCAGAGAGAUCGGCUAUCUCUUCGGACAAUACAAGCUAUUACAAGCAGGGCAGUUUGAGGGUGCCCUGACUGGUAAAGAUAAAAACUGGGGAGGCUCGGCCAUGCGGCCUGAAGCUACCGGCUACGGUUGCGUGUACUUUGUCCUCGAGCUGCUCAAGGCGCAAAAUCGCAUCAACAUACGAACAGAAGGAAUCAACGGCAUGCGCUGCGUCAUCAGCGGAAGUGGAAAUGUGGCUCUGUACGCAGGGGAGAAGCUGGCGCUUCUCGGCGCGAAAGUAAUGACAUUCAGCGACAGUUCGGGAUACAUCGUCAACGAAGACGGGUUUUCUCUGGGACAGAUCCAGCGACUGAAAGAAAUGAAAGAAGCACGAUCGAGCAUGCGAGUGUCUGAAUUUGCCGAGAGGUACUCGCCAGUCAAGUUUAUCCCUGGAAAGCGGGCGUGGGAGGUACCCUGCGACAUAGCCUUCCCGUGCGCCACGCAGAACGAAAUUUCUGAGAAAGACGCCCAGCGUUUGAUAGACAACGGGUGUCGGAUCGUCGCAGAGGGCGCAAACAUGCCAACUACAAGGGACGCGAUCCGGCUAUUCAAGCAGCACGGGGUGGUCCUCUGUCCUGGAAAGGCCGCCAACGCGGGGGGUGUCGCUGUCAGCGGACUGGAAAUGAGUCAGAAUGCUAUGCGCAUAGAGUGGACAAGAGAAGUGGUCGACGAGAAGCUUCGGCAGAUUAUGGCGUCAAUCUUCAGCAAAUGUCGCAGCUACGCAGCCAAGUUCGGCGAGAAUGAAUUCGAUUUAGUAACUGGAGCGAACAUUGCCGGUUUUGUCAAGGUUGCGGACUGCGUGAUCGAUCAGGGAUACAUCUGA